UGUAGAAUUCUAACAAAAAUUUAUCAUCGCCGAAUUCUUUCAAUCGAUAUUGAUAAAGUCACUCACACACUAUCUGCUUCGUAUCAACUAUAUAUUCAUCAUAUAUUUUCCAGUUACACAGUUAAGCAGUAACGUUUGCAGUUCAAACAUUUAAAAUGGCGCCUAAUACAGUCGAAACAAGUUUCUCUCCUGACCCAGAAAGGGUGACAAGAGAAAAUAAAAAUCAAAACUUACCGGGACAAGAAGUUAAUUACAAUUUGUAUAUUUUUCAAUCAACUUUGAAUUUGUUAGCUAACAUUUUAAUUGGCACAGUAGUUGGUAUUUCCUUGUUAUUUGCGUUACGGAAUGGUUUACCUUUGGGAGCGACUUCGUUACAUAUUGUACUUUGUGUUAUUGGGUACCAACUGCUUAUGGCGCAAUCGAUUCUUAGUCUAUCCGGCAAUGGUUGGUCUUCAAAGCUGAGGCUUGUGGACAAACGCCGUGCACACUGGAUCUUACAAAUUCUAGGCUCCGGACUCGCUUUAGCCGGAUCCUUUAUUAAAAUACUCGACAAAACAGUACAUUGGAACACGUAUCAUGGACAAUUCGCCUUGGUAGCAAUGGUAUUCACAGUGGCCUGUCUUUUCAAUGGUCUAACGUCAUUAUACGCUUUCGAAUGGCGGAGAAUUUUCAACGGAUCUAUUUCAAAACUGACACAUAUAUGUUUCGGAAUCGUAGCAUUUGGGGCUGCAUGCAUCAGUCUUUGCUACGGUUUCGAUAAGCAGUUUUUCAGAACUUGGGCGUCGGAAGAUUUUACAAAUGCCCUAAUAGCAUUUACUGGAAUCUUCGGUUUUAUAAUUUUGACAAAUCCAUUUGUAACAUUUUUCAGAAAAGCAGUAACAGUCGUUAAAAAAUAAGAUAUUUCUUUUAGAUUAUUAAGUUACACUAGUAUCUUCAUGAUUUUAUUUAUCUUUAUUCGCUUUGUUUUUGUUUUUUUUUUAUUGUACAAAAGCUUUGAACUACCAAUAUACUAAAGGAAUCUCAAAUUCAUGUAUCAAUAUAAUUAUUGGAUAACGAUUGUAUUUUACUUACAUGGAAUACAUCUAAAUUUUAUAACAUUUUAUAACAUACUUUAUACGAAAUCUAUUUAUUUAAGGAAAUAAUAUAACAGUAAAUAU